GAGUGAACCGAGGUACUUCCCGACGGAGGGAACGGGCCGGCCCUUCCUCCUUUGGCAGCCGUCCAGGCGUGAGCGGGAGGCUUGGGCAGCGAGAGCCUUAUCUGGCCCGGCUGACAGCAGCCUUUUUAGGCGCGAGCGCAGCUGCUGGGACAGCUCAGUUGGAGCAAGAGUCCGACGGGAGCGCAGAAGGAGGGAGCGGAGCGCCGGGCGCACGGCUGCCUGUCCGUCCGUCCGGCCGGCCGGCUGGCUCGGCGCGCCCGCCCAUAUCCCGGCCUGCCCAUCUAGCCCGCCCGCCCGCCCGUCCCGCGGCCGCUCUGCUCGCCAGUGCGAGCGCCCGUGUAGGUGACUCGGUGUGCGCCUGAGACUUUUAUGUGUAUGCGUGCGUGCGCACGGUGGCGCGCACAGAGGGAGAGUGCACUUCCACAGAAGGCUAGCAGCUCGGCCGUCCCGCGGGCCUUCCAGAAGAACCGGACCAGAACCAUGAGCAAUUCCUACAGGUGCUGGAAAAGCAAGAGUGACUACGUUAUGGCUCUGAAGUCAAGUGACAUCUUCCAGAGUCUUAAGACGGAGGAAGUCUGUGAGUAUCAAGAACCCUGCUUGAGCCUCGAGCUCCAAGGCACCUCUAAGAUCCAAGAAGCCCAUAAGGCCAAGGAAAGCCGUGAGGCCCGAAAAGCUCAAGAAGGCCGAAAGGCCAAACAGGCCUGUGAGAUCCCUGAGCCCCGAGGAUUCCAUGAUCCCCGUGAGCCUCAGGACGACACUGAUGACCAAUACAGCUAUGAAAUGUUUGAUGGUGAUGAAGCUGGCGAAGCCAGUGACAAUUUUUCAGGAAGGAAGAAAUCCAAACUUCAGGCCUUCAAGGAUUUCUUUACCAAAAAGAAGAAGAUAUUUACUAAGUCCCUGAGAAAGACUAACCUGAAAAUGAGCCAGUCCAGCAGUGAGAACUCCAUCUCAGAGCUUGGGGUAUUUCAUCCAUUAAUUCAGCCAGGUUCCAAAGGCAACAUGUCGACCAAAUCCUUGUCUGAUGAAAGCAUCUUUAUGCUGGAUUCAGCCCAGGACAAGUCUGCAGAUAAAUCUCAGCGUGGUCCACCAGAAAAUUCUGGAACCUCCCAGGUUCCCACUGUUGAUCAGGACCAGAGCUCCAAGAGUUUAUCUGGGACAGAUGUGGAGGAAGCGAGUUCCUCAUCUGCCUCCUCCCAACCUGCUAAGACACGGGACUCAUCCACGGUCGCCUCUCAGACCGUCUCCGAGCUCCCCAUUGAUUUCAAUACCGCAGCCAGCCCCAUGGGGUGCUUGGACACCUCGGCUGCUCGACACAAGAUGGCACUGAACCCAAGGAAGCAAAAAAUCAACCGGAACCAGAAAGCAGCAAAAGUGGAAAAAGAGGCAAAACCAAGUGAGCCAAAGGCUGAAGAAAAGAAUAAUGAUGACCAUGAAGAAAAGGACAACGAGAAUGACAAAAAGACUAAAGGUGAAGAGACCAAGGCAGAGGGAGCCGGUGAAGGGACUGAAAGACCACGUCCUUCCGUUGUAGAGGGCGACAAUGACAGGGAUAAGAGCAUGCCAGACCUGGUUCCAAGCUUCGGGGGCACCAAGAGACGGGGUCCCCAGCCUGCCGCAGCAACUGAUCCCACUGAUGGGCAAAAGAGGGAAGACUCUUCAGAAGCCUCAUAUGCUAAUCUUAAGGCAGCCUUCAGACCCAAAGUCCCACCUAAACAAAUUGGUUCUUUGUUCAUCAAAGAGAAUAAGGGAUCAAGGCCUUUCCAAGACCUUUCCAGGGAACCCAUCUUCCCAUCUUGCUACCCCAGAUGUAAAAUCAUCGGGCUGUCCAAACCCGCGCUUGUAGAACGAAGAUCAUCUUGGGAUUUCCCUUCUUAUUUGCUUGGCCUGGGAAGAAGGAGCGAGACCAUGCCCGGAGAUUGCAAGUGGACACCAUUACUGAAAUUCUUUCCUGAGGUCAAGAAAGGUUCCCUGGGCGGCAAAGGCAGUGAGAGAGAAUCUUCCGCCCACAAGGGCUCCUCUGUCUCCAGCACUUUUGAGCCUUCCAGUACCAAGCAAUUCAGCAAAGAGAGAAUCUUCAAAACAGAGCAGUCAAAAACCGAGUCUUCAUUUGGCCUAGAGCCCAAAAAGAAACCAGUCGUUAAAGAAGCUGCAAAGAUCCCUCCUGUCCAAGAGGAUGAGGUGCCAAAAGGUCAUUUUGCAGCUUGGCAGAAUAUAUCAAAUGAAAAGCUUAUUGAAGAAGUGGACCCAUCUCAGUCUCCCAGUGAUUCAGAAGCCCAGCUAUCUGACCCCACACCAUCAGAGGGUGCUCAAGCUGACCUGCCCCAAAAGCCUGGCCAAGAUCCUCCAAACCCUUCAGCCACCAAGUCUGUGAGGUUCACUAUGAAUCCCGUCUGGCCAAAGUCGAAGCCAGAAGCCUCCGGUUCUAAGAAGGAGCCCUUGGAUAGCAGUUCUUCACUUCCACUGAAACAAGAAGCAUCCGACAAGACAUCCAAAGAGAAACCCUCUGCUGUGGAGAGCAACGGUAGCGACCCAAACGUCCAAGAAUCUACCAACCCGGAGAACCCAUUUGGGGUCCGACUGAAAAGGAUCAACUCUUCCCUGAAGGUGACACGGAAGAAACAAGAGUCUCUUCAGAUGUCUUCCAUAAUGAAGGAGGAUCCCAAAGCCGAAGGGGCCAAGACUCCCGGACAGGAGCCGUCAGACCUUGACAAGAACUUGGUCCCUCCGAAAGAGGUUCCUUUCAAACUCAAGUUGGAAAGUGAAGACAGAAAGCCCCGUGCUGUCAAGCCUUUAGAAAAGGCCGCCGCUGCCCAAAGUGACUCAGAACCUGCGUGGGUGAUGCUGGCCAAGCAGAAGCAGAAGGGCUUCCAGGGGCAUCUUCUUGCCAAAGGACUUUUCUCUGAGAAAAAAGGUACAGAUGAAGCAGCUGACGUCAAUACCGAGGAGAAAGCUGAUCCCGAAGUGGAAAACCAACCAAGAAAGAGUAACAUUUCUAACACCCGUAAGCCAGAAGAGGCACCUCAUGUGGAGGUUGUCGUUUCUGCCGUAACAGUGAUUGCAGCUGGAGAUCAAGAGACAUCUCAGGUGUCUGAAGCUGAAAAAGAAGAGUCUCUUCAGCUUCCUCAGGUGGCCACCCUGGUUCUCCCUGGCCAAGAAGAAAACCAAAGCAAAGAGUGAGAGACCAUAGAUCGUUCAGUAAUUCCAUAGCCAAGCCUUUUGAGGCAGGAAUUAUCAAUAGAUUGAUAGUUAUUUCAUGUAGCGAUUUCUUUAAUUUUUUGCCAUUUAUUAUUCUUAUUCUUGGGAUUAUUAAUAGUAGUAGUAAUAGUAGUAAUUGUAGUAAUAAUAGUAGUAAUUAUAGUAAUAAUAGUAGUCUGUAAAGUAAAAAAAGCCUCAAGAUGAAUUACGUUUCUAUUGUGCAAAGACUAGCCUAUUGCUAAAUUCAGAGGCUCACGUUAGUAUCACCAGUCAACAACAGCAUCUCUCAAAAACCAUCGGGGAGGAGCCUUGAUCUCCACUGGUGAAGGGUAUGCCCAUCUUAGGGAAGUUGAAACCAAAAGCCUUAGAAAUGAGAACUCACCUUGUAGGUAUUUGAAACGCAAGCACGCCAAGCGCUGCUUAAUCCUCAGUGUAGCCACUCAUCAAGUUAGCAAGCAUAAUCUCAAGAAAAAAUAGACGGUUUGGACUAAUGCAGACUCAACAUUUAUCUUCCUCCCAGUCAGCCAUGUUCUAGAAUUUCCUUGGGGAAAGCUAUGAAAGCAUCCCUUUCCUUCUUGAAUUGCCUUUUAACUUUGGCUCUGGUCAGUGAUCCUAGCCUGCAAGCCCAGUUCAGAUCUCUGACAGUGAGAAGCUCUGAGAAAGGAUACUCUGGGGCCUAUAACAAAAUGGAAAAAAAUUAUCCCCCAUAAGCCUUCUCAGAAUCCUGCUCACUCUGCCCUCCUCUCCCAUUGUAGGCCCCCAAGUUUCACAGCAGUUGCUUGAGUCUGAGCUUUUUCUUCCUACUUUGCACCCCUCUUCCCCCAAGUCCAAUCUUGGUAGCAGUGAGACAUGGCAGUUAAUUUUUGGGCUAUUAUCUUAUUUCUCAGAGUAGUUAGUAUCACCGUUUGGCUUCUUGCCCCAAAGUGCCCCCCAAAUGUGCCACCUGUUUAUCAGCUUGUUGCUUUGAGCGUUUAAGCUUUGAUUGACAAUAGACAUUUUUCAUAGAUGCUAAAAGCCAUCUCCGGCAAGUUUCUCUUCCUUCCUUUCUCCUCUCUUGGCUCAUCCUGUCUAGAGUUGUGAGGGGCUUGCCGAUUCUAAGAAGGAAGUCUGUACCAUCAGAACUCCCCUUUCCUCUUCAUUUUAGCCAGUAAUCAAUUAACGAAUUAUUAAAUGCUUUAUGCAUGCCAAGCAUUGCUCUGUGAAUGUGGGGAAUAUAAAGAUAAAUACCAAAUGGUCCUGCCCUCAAGGAGAUUAAAGGCUACUUGAUGAAUUCAGCAUAUGUACAGAUUGAAUUAAUAUAACCUAAUGGAGGAGAGUAGAUCAGGAAAGACUUCAAGUAGGAUGUGGCCCUUGAGCCACUUUAAAAGAAUUGAAAGGGAGAGAGAAUUCCAGGCAUACAACCAACAAGAAAGUGAACAAGAAAUUCUACCCUUCUCUCAUCAUCUCUAUCCUAGUAUAGCGCAGCUGCAAAACAGCAGGAGAAUGAGAAAAAAAUAAGACAUCUUUUCCAUUUCCCUACUCACCCAAUAUUGCCAUUCUCUUUUGAAGCUCAUUACAGCUGAGUAAUCCUGUAGAAUUAUUUUUCUUGAUUUCGUUUUCAUUGAUUGCAUUUGUUAUAGAUGUAUUGAUCGCAACUUUAUUGAUACUUUUUGUUCUUGCAUCAUCCACAUUUGCCAAUAUACCUGCCCCUUUUAGAGUUCCUUUUCUUUUUUCUUAAAAUCAGUUCUUUUUAUUUACAAAACAUAUGUAUAGAUGAUUAUCCAAC